AAAUUGGUCUUAAGUGGGAUAACCUUUGGACACCGGCCAACCUUGAGGAUAAUCUCACACUUGGCUCUGUGAUGACAAUGCUUUUACUUGAUGCUUUCUUGUAUGGCCUUGUAACAUGGUAUAUAGAAGCUGUCUUUCCAGGAAUGUAUGGUGUGUCCCAACCAUGGAAUUUUUUUCUUAUGCGCUCAUACUGGUAUGGCCAUCCAAGAAUUACAAGAAAAGAAGAAGAAAUGAAAGACUUUGGAAGAACUCAAAACAAAUAUUUUGAGGCUGAACCAACGAGCUUGGUGGCAGGUAUCCAGAUCAAACAUUUGCACAAGGAAUUUGGUGCCAAAAUAGCAGUAAACAACAUGUCUUUGAAUGCAUAUAAGGGGCAGAUCACUGUUCUUCUUGGAGAAAAUCAUGCAGGAAAAUCUACCACCGUAUCUAUUCUCACAGGUUGCUGUCUUCCAACCAGAGGAGAGGUCUAUGUUAAUGGAUAUACCACCUCAAAGAACAUAACUGAUAUUCGAAAAAAAUUGGGCUUCUGCCCACAGUGUGACUUAUUGUUUAAUAACUUGACACUGUCAGAACACCUUUAUUUCUACUUUAGGUUAAAAAGAAAAUGUCAAAAGAUGUACCUUAUGGAGGCUGGCCAUAUGCUGUCUACUUUUAACUUGCUAGAAAAACGUGAUACAAUUUCCAAGUUACUAAGUGUAGGAAUGAAGCGCAAACUCUCCAUCAUGAUAGCACUUAUUGGAGACGCCGAGGUGGUGAUACUUGAUGAGCCCACAGUUGGCAUGGAUCCCAUCUCAAAAAGAGCCACCUGGGACCUCCUACAGCAGUAUAAAGAGGACCGUACCAUCUUAGUGACCACCCAGGACAUGGAAGAAGCUAACAUCCUGGGCGACCGCAUUGCGAUCAUGGUGAAGGGAACUCUGCAGUGCUGUGGCUCUUCAGUCUUCCUGAAACAAACAUAUGGUGCUAAAUGUCACAUAAUCAUGGAGAUUGAACCACAUUGUGAUGUCGAAAAGCUCUCUACAAUGAUUCAGUCUCAUAUACCACAUGCCAACUUGGAAAAGUACUCUGAAGCUGAAUUAUCAUUUGUCCUACCCAAAGAAUUUGAAGAUCUGUUUAAUGAUCUGAAAGAGAAUCAGAGUGUGCUGGGAAUUAUCAACUUUGAUGCUUCAAUUGCUACCAUGAAAGAAGUCUUUCAUAUGGUCAAUAAACUGGCAGAUUCCCAAGUGGACAUUCUACCCAGCAUAUCCUCUUCCUUGGACACAAGGAAGAAUAGGAUCAUGUUCAAAAACUACAGCGCACCAGCUUUCUCCAGACUGAGUGAAAUUGCUACAGUUCAAUUUAACACUGGGUUUCCACUUUUCUGCCAGCAAUUUUAUUGCAUGUUUAUAAAGAGAGCACUAUUCUCUUUGCGUAACUGGAAGGUGAUGUUGCUACAUAUAAUAGCAAUUGUCUUUGUCACUGCAUAUCUGUUAACAACUGGAAGCUUACAUUCUGAAGUACCCACCAGAGAAAUUGAUUUGAGACAAUAUGGUCGAACAGUUGUGCCUUACUCAGUUUCAGGAAAAUCUGAUUUGGCUAUGAAUUUCAUAACAAACCUUAAGACUUUUCUAAUGUUUAAGAAGCAAGAAUUUCAUGAAACGCAAGGUAAUGUAACAGAUUCCAUAUUGGAAAUUAAAGAAUUUAAUUACUUCUCCAUUAUUGCCUUUUCCAUUGAGGUUGAGAAAAACAAAACAAUAUUUACUAUUUUGUUCAAUAAUGAGGCAUAUCAUUCAGCUACAACAUCUCUGGCAGUGUUAGACAACAUCCUCUUUAUGUUACUUUCUGGCCCCGGUGCUAACAUUGAAGUCUCCAACAAGCCUCAGCCUCUCCCUCUUUAUGAAUUUCAUGAAGAGGGUGCAAAUGGAAUAAAUAUAAUAUCAGAUUUGGCCUUUGGCAUGGCUAUUAUAGUUGCUGGCUUUAGCCUCCAGACAGUGAAUGAGAGAAUCUCGAAGGCAAAGCACAUCCAGUUUGUGAAUGGGGUCUAUGUCCUUACAUACUGGCUUUCUGCUCUACUGUGGGAUCUCAUCUACUUCUUCUUUUCUUGCUGUAUACUGCUGGGAGUGUGCAAAUACUGCAAUCUGGCUGGGUUUGUGGAAAACUACAACUUUCUGGACAUAUUGAUGAUCUUCAUGCUAUACGGUUGGGCUUCUGUUCCUCUCAUGUACCUGGGAAGCUUCUUGUUUACUAGUAGUACUGCUGCCUACAUCAAGCUCACCCUCUUUAACUACUUUUCAAUUAUAUUCAGCAUCAUCACGGAUGUCAUAAUGGAAGCCUUUGGUAAGGACUUUCCACCAUUUCCCUUUUCUCCAGGAAAUACAUUAAUGAUGCUUCCAAGUUACAACUUUGCAAUAAGUGUCCGCAGAUUCCUUGAUGACUAUGAAAUAAAAAGAAUGUGUAGCCAAAACUUUGAAAACAUCUAUGUGGACUGCGAUAACACAUUUACUGAGAACAGUAUCUAUAGUUUUGAAGAUCAUGGGAUUGCACAGUUUUUGAUUUCAUUGGCUGUCCUGGGCUUAUUUUAUCUCAUCUUGCUUUUUUGUCUGGAGACUACAUCCUGGAGAUUGAAUAACUUUAUCUCUCAAAAAAUUUUGUCUAAAGUGUACAGCAUAUUCGUGAAAGGCAAGAAGGCUGUAGUGUCCACGCGUGUAGCCAACGAAUAUGUGGAUAAAAAUGUAGAAAAUGAAAGGAAGAAAGUCUUGGCACAAAUUUCUAAAUUGAAGAAAAGCCCACUGCUUCUCAAAGAACUUGUGAAGACUUAUUAUAAGUGUCCAGUUGUAAAGGCUAUAAGAAAUGUCUCCCUUGCCGUAAAAAGUUCUGAAUGCAUUGGAUUACUUGGAUUAAAUGGAGCCGGAAAAACCAGUAUAUUGAAAAUGUUAACUGGAGAUGAGAGCAUAAGCUCUGGAGCUAUAUUAAUUGAUGGCAUUAGCAUUGUUGAAAAUAUCAGAAAGGUUAGGUCAAGAAUUGGCUAUUGUCCUCAGUCUAACCCUCUGCUUAACCACAUGACGGGCCGGGAAUUGCUGAGCAUGUAUGCCAGGCUGCAGGGGGUGCCUGAGACAAAUAUUUGCAAGUAUGUAGAAAUCUUUUUGUAUUCAAUGAAUCUAGAAAUUCAAGCGGACAACUUUGUCUACAUAUACAGUGGAGAAAACAAACGUAAAUUGAAUACUAUUGUUGCCCUAAUGGGAAAGUCCUCAGUUGUCUUCCUGGAUGAGCCGUCUUCUGGCAUGGGCCCCAUUGCCAGGUGCCAGCUCUGGGACACAAUCACAUGGAUGUGUAAAGCUGGCAAGGCUAUCAUCAUAACUUCCCACAGCAUGGAAGAAUGUGAGGCCCUUUGUACCAGGCUGGCCAUCAUGGUAAACGGGAGGUUCAAGUUCCUUGACAGUCCUCAGCAACUCAAGAACAGGUUUAGUAAUAUAUACACUCUGACAGUAAAGAUUAAGAUUGAUAAGAAUGAAAAUAAACAAAAGGAGUUCAAAGAAUUUAUUGCAACAACUUUCCCAGGUAACACUGUAAAACAGGAGUAUCGAGGAAUUAUUUACUACCACAUUCCCAGAAAGGAAAUCUGCUGGGGAAAGGUGUUUAAUAUUAUGGAAAAAGCUAAAGUGCUAUUCAAUUUAGAAGACUAUUAUAUCAGUCAGAUAACUCUGGAACAAGUCUUCCUGGCCAUUGCUAAUAUUGAAAAAGUGGGAGGUGAUCAAGAAGUAAAGCUGCUAUAA